AUGGCGAGUCUGGAUUCCGUCACCGUUCUCUCCGAGGCAGCCUUCGGCUGUGAGCAUCUGGCCGCCAUCCUGCAGGACCAGUCCACUGCUGGCCUGUUCAAGAGUGGCUAUCGCAAGCAGUACGAGGCUCUGGCACCUUACACCAAGCCGGAGACAGCUGCGGUGCCAACAAGCGGCUUGCGGACAGUGGCUACUCUCAAGCCCAAGUAUCACUGUCUGAGCUGCUCCGAGGGCUGCCUCAAUUCAGAACGCCAGGCACAUACCAAGAAGACCGGCCAUGCGUUCUUCAUGGAAUCCCGGAACCGCUUUGUGUUCUGUGAGACUUGUGGCGACUUUGUCUAUGACCACGGUCUCGAAAGACUGUGCGGUCCUGCCGGCAAAUGCGAACACCGGGACCGAUGGACCGAAGACUCUGCGUCCGAGGCGUAUGUCAAAACCAACGCCUACAAGAAUCCCUGCUCCCGCCGUGGCGCCCGUGGGGUUUGGAACAUGGGCCAAACAUGUUACCAGGCUGUCAUUCUCCAGGCACUACUCCAUGACCCGACCCUCAACGCCUACUUUUUGUCAGGGGGCCAUGACAUGCACAACUGCCAGCGAAACCUGUGCAUGGCCUGCGCGACCACGGAGGUGUUCAUGGAAUUCAACAGUGGCGAGAGGACAGACGCAGUCUCGGCGGCUACCCUGCUCUACCACGGCUGGGAUACGUCGCGCGAAAUGGCCGGGUAUCGACAACAGGAUGCCCAUGAGUACUUCCAAUUCCUGGUCAAUGCCCUGCACGCUGCCACCCCCGGGCACUCGGAAAGCUACGACACCAAGUGCGAGUGCUUCUUUCAUCGCACCUUCUACGGGGAGCUUCGCAGUAGUGUAAUGUGCCACAAGUGCGGCAAAACCACCCACACCUACGAUCCGAUGGUAGACCUAAGCCUCGACGUGCAGUUGCAGAACAAAAAGCGCAAGCUCGGUCGAUCAAGUGCAUCAGGCAGUGCCAAUUUGAUCAGCUGCUUGGAGAGCUUCACUGCCGUCGAAGAUCUUCAGCACCACACUGAGGCGGCUUACCACUGCGAGAAGUGCGGAAAUACCCCUCAGCGUGCAUCGAAACGACUGCAGAUCAACAAGCUCCCGAGUAUCCUUUGCAUGCAACUAAAGCGAUAUGAACAUAAUUCGUCAUCCUCCGAGAAGAUGGAUGGCCAUAUCAACUUCCCCGUCACUUUGAACAUGUUGCCAUACACUGUCAAAAAGGACAAGGAGCGUGUCGACACGUCCAAAUACCUGUACGAUCUGUCCACUGUGGUUGUGCACCAAGGGUCGAUGGAUUCGGGUCACUAUUACUCGUACACACGACUCGGCGGUGAUAAGUGGGUGUUGAUGGAUGACAACAAAGUCACUGUUGCCAGCAUUGCCGACGUUCUCAAGCAGGACGCGUACUUGCUUUUCUACAGCAUCCGUGCGAUUCAUCCUGAUAAAUGA